UCCCUGUUUUCAACAUGGCAGGCAGUAAGUUGGUGCUGGAAGGGAGGAUAAGUAUUACAAGCUUUCUUUUAGGUCUCGGCGUGACAAUAAUACCCCUGUUUGUAAAGUUUGGCUCGCAUGUUGACUGGAUAUUCGAUUACCUCACCGGUGUAAACGGGAAAAUAGCCAUUGCGCUUUAUAUUACAGUUAUCAACGGCUUCCUGCUAAUCCUUUACAAGGGACCUCUGUACAAGGUCGCUGUGCGAGCUUGCUUUCUAGGAUUUGUUUUUGGAUGUGGCUUGAUCAUAAGUGUUGCAGACUCGACAUGGACACACUUUGGCUGGUACAUGUGUUCACUGACAUUCUUCCACUACUCUGAAUACCUGGUCACAGCCAUCAUCAACCCUCGCAGUCUGUCUCUAGACUCCUUCCUGCUCAACCACAGUUUUGAAUACACUGUAGCAGCAUUCGCUUCCUGGAUGGAGUUCAUUGUGGAAAAACUGCUUGUUCCAGAGCUGAAGCAGCUGAACUGGAUCUGUGUUGUGGGAUUAAUAAUGGUGUUAUGUGGAGACUGUCUGCGCAAGUCUGCCAUGCUGACAGCAGGAUCCAACUUCAACCACAUAGUGCAGAAUGAGAAGGCUCACAGCCACGUGCUGGUCACCAACGGCGUCUAUUCAUUCUUCAGACACCCCUCAUAUGUGGGCUGGUUCUAUUGGAGCAUCGGUACACAGAUAUUGCUGUGCAACCCGUUAUGCCUCUUGGCCUAUACACUGGCUAGCUGGCGGUUCUUCAAGGAGCGUGUCGAGGAAGAGGAGAUCUCUCUCAUCCAUUUCUUUGGAGAGGACUACAUAGAGUAUAAAAAGAAAGUGCCCUCUGGUUUGCCCUUUAUCGCAGGCAUCAGGGUAAACUCAUAAGACUGGUACACAUGGAUACACACAGAAAUGUCUAAUGCACUCCUGGACACUUCCUGGACUGGCGCUGUGAGUGAACUGGUCACCUGGUGACCUUGUGGCUCACGUUAACGCCAAGAGAAAUGAGGGGACACGGCAUAGAGAGACUGACCUGUUGAUCUGCUCUUAGAAACAACGGUUCACUCCGAGCAGAGUGGGAGCCUCUACCUCGACGCAAUUUGGACCGAGAACACAUGGCUAUAAAGUCUCUCAGCGCUCUCCUGCGUUAUCAACUUUCACUUUGUCUUUCUCUCAUACAUCAUAUAAUACUUUUACAUCCACAUAUUCAUGUUGACCUGCUUUGCAUCUCUAGUUCAUGAUCUAGACCUGUUUAACACAUCUGUCCAUUUCAUGUGUCAUUUCUUGUCAGUUCCUUAUUAGUUUCUUAUAAGUCUUUGUGUUUGUUUUUUUUUCUUCUUCUUUUUUUAAAGAAGGGUUUUAUGGGUUAGAAUGUAAAGGUAAUGAAAUUGCAUUGAGGUUGUACAGUAUAUUAACUAGGAAAAGUAUACUGCAACUCAGUAUACAUUCAACCUGAAUUAUACCAAAUAUACCA